GUGUGUGUGUGUGUGUGUGUGUGUUUCAGCUGGUGGGCUAGUGUGUGUUGAUCUGUGGUGCGUAAGGUGUUUCACCAUCAUGAGUAUAAUUUUGCACUCUCGUCUGAGUGACAGUAUAUUAUAGAGUAGUAAACUUCAAUGGACACAGACUAGCGUUUGAGACCAGACAGCUGAUUGCAGAUCAGCAAAAUAAUUCAUUUUCAAAUAAACAUAAAGCAAGAGGAAUAUGGCAACUCAGCUUAGAUCUUUGCUAUGUAAAUUCAUUUGUGAGCUUAUUGUGAGCACAAACAUUGUACCGUUCCAGGCGUAGUUUGAAUCUAUGCUAACACACAUUAACAUUCUUUUUUUUUUUUUUACUCCCCCAGAUUGCUUGGGAACGAUGUGCUGAUCCAAACUGCUUCCUAAAGAGAACCUGCCAUCCAUCCAUCCAUCCAUCUCUCUCUCUCUGUCUCUCAUCUGUUUUUUCCGGGGCACAUCAACAUUUAGUAUUCUCCAUGGCACAUCCGUAUGAGCCGUGGCCAAGGACAGCUCCCCCUAGUGGCAGCAGCGACGACAUGAACGUGAGCCCCUGGUGGGACCUCCACCCAGGGACCGGGAGUUGGAUGGACCUGCCGGCUGCCCAUGGGGUGGGCCUGGCGGGGAUGAGCCAGGGGGGCUCCAUGGGCCUCCAGUCUGCGCUGGGUCCUUACUGCUCCGAGGCCCAGCUGUGCAGCUUACCCCCUGCCCAGCUCAGUCUGACCCCCCACCACCACCACCUCUUCCCUCAGGACGGCUUCAAGAUGGAGCCCCUGGGCGCUCAAGAGCUCCUCCAACAGCAGCAGCAGCAGCAGCAGCAGCAGCAACAGCAGCAGCAGCAGCAGCAGGUGUACACAAUGGAGGAGCCACAAGAGGGCGCCACUUCUGUGCCACGACCAAAGUCCCAACGGCGAUCGGGCUCACGGGCGUCCGGUCAGGCCGUGUGCCGGUGCCCAAACUGCGUGCACGCUGAGCAGCUGGGUCAGAUUGGCAGCGGCGAGGACUCGCGUCUGCGGAAGCACCUGCACAACUGCCACAUCCCGGGCUGCGGCAAGGCCUACGCCAAGACGUCGCACCUGAAGGCGCACCUGCGCUGGCACAGCGGCGACCGGCCGUUCGUCUGCAACUGGCUCUUCUGCGGCAAGCGUUUCACGCGCGCCGACGAGCUGCAGAAGCACAUGCAGUCGCACACGGGCGCCAAGAAGUUCAGCUGCGCCGUCUGCACACGUGUCUUCAUGCGCAGCGACCACCUCACCAAGCACAUGCGAACGCACGACUCACCCGCUGGUGCCGGCGGCAGCGGUGCCAGGGAGGAGAGGGCAAACGGAGACGGGGGUUCUCUGGGCCUCCCGCCCUCUCCGCACGGGGCUGUCGUGACGGAAAGCGCCGAGGCCCCUUGCAAGCCCAAGAGUGAGCCAGACGCAAGCAAGCUAAGCUAACUGACAUCACCUGGACAUGACUAUGGCUCUUAUUGGCAGUCAAUGCAGAACUGUUUAAGAGUCUGGAAGGCAACCAACACUUAUUACACUCAGACUGAUUGAGGGACCAGUAGCAUAAAGCAGCCAAAAGUGUCUUUAAAAGGUAGUCUUUCUGUACCCUCCUAUUUAGUCGGCUACUGACUUAAGGCAGAA